CCACUGGAGCCACUGUAGGUCAAUGUCAAGUUACAAUGAAAUAAGAAAUGAAAAUAAUGAAACCGUGAAAUAAAAAAAUAAAGGGAAGUGCGAUGAUAUUUUGCUUCAAAGGAAUCAUAAACUGUGACAUAGUUUUUCAAGACUUCGUUAAUUUAAUGACAUAGAGGUUAUGUGUAAAAAAGUGUAUUGAAGUACAUGUAUAUAUAAAUAAUGUCCCUGCUAGAGGAUGUGUUCUUGGAGGACGAGGCAGGUGAAGCUCAAGAGCUUGAGCGGGUGAUCGAAGGUGACGAGCUGGAUGACAGACCACAGUCUCCAGACAGUAAUGAAAAUAGCGAAAAGGAAGAUGAGGCUGAGGAAGACAAGAGAGUAGUAGAUCAUACAGCCAAAGCUAAAAAGGUUGUGAAGAAUCCCCGUUUUGUUCUGAACCCCGCAAGGCUUACUGGCCCAAGGGGAAUACAGAUAUUACCUGAACAUUUCAAAGAUUUCAAAUUUAAAGGAAAAGGCAAUGAGAGAGAAGAUUUAGACCUCAUUCUCAAGAAACUAGAGCACUGGGCCUACAGGCUGUACCCUAAGUUCAAGUUUGAUGACUGCCUCAAGAAGAUUGAGACUCUCGGGAAGAAGAGACCAGUCAUGGUCCACCUCCACAAAAUCCGUACGGACCAGUUCCUUUCCGAAGAGACAGUACAGCAGCAGGAUUCAAGUGAAGAUGAGGCAGCUCCACCGCAAGAAGAAGAUGAGUUUGACCGCUUACUGCAGCAACAGAUAGAGCUGGCACGUUCCACGCCUGCACCAGGGUCAGCUAGGAAGGAGAUGCAUACUCCAAUGUCUGACCAUAGGUCACCCCUUAUGUUGCCUAAAGUAACAUCAUCACCGUCCAUUAGCGACGAACAAAAGGAACGAAUGAUGAGGAACAGGAGACUCGCCGAGGAAAGGCGACUAGCUAGACUCAAUCAAUCUAAUAAUUCUAACCAGAAUGCUAACCUUUCUACUGAAACCAUUCCAGAAAAAACCGAGGAACCAAAUACAUGUAAUGUUGCUGUCAAUAAUGGAGAAAAAUCAAAAGUUAAUACAGAAAAUGAUGUUACAGAAAACAAUGAUGAAAUGGACAUUGAACCUGUGGUAAAGAAACAUAAUAGGACUAAUGUUAUUGACAGUGACAGUUCUGAUGAUGAAAACGUUUUAGCAGUAAAUGAAUCCAUCGCAGUUGAUGCCCAUACACCAGUUGUAAAAGAUGUUGCAAAUACUGAUGAGACUAAUGUUAUUGACAGUGACAGUUCUGAUGAUGAAAACGUUUUAGCAGUAAAUGAAUCCAUCGCAGUUGAUGUCCAUACACCAGUUGUAAAAGAUGUUGCAAAUACUGAUGAAAAUAAUUGUGAUAAGCAGAAUAUAGUUGAAGAAGUUUUAAAAUCUGAUCAAAUUGGAAUUUCUGCAGAUGUUACUACUGAUAACUGUGAUUCUAAUGAAAACAAUAAGGAGAUAGAAAGUGAUGCGAGUGAAAUAAAUUCAUCCAAUACUAUGAACACUAAAGAUAAAUCUAAUUCUGAAAUUACAGAAGUUGUAUCUGAUAAUAUUAUUGUAAAAGAAAAUGAUACACCCCCAAACAUAAUCAAUGAACCAGAAAACGGGGAAAAAGAUGGUGAUCCAUUGACAGAGGAGUUAAUGGAUGUCAAUUUCACUGAUGAUUUCUAAAUAAAAAUCAAAGCAUUAUGUUUUAAAAAUUUAUUGUUAGCUCAAAAUUAAACAAACCAUGGAAUAUCACAGUACGAACGAUCCGCUAUGCAUGCUGUAAUAUCAAAUAAAUAUCCAUAAACCUUAAUUACAAAAUGCUCAUCUUUGUAUUCAUGUUAAUACAACUUUGUAUAAUUUAGUGCUGAGUAUGCCAACA